AUGCAAGAAAAUACCAUUCGUUUAAAGUAUGUGGCCACAAAUGUCACGGCAAAGAUCUUACAGUUAAACAAUCACAUGAAAGAACAAAAUCCGAAGAGCAGUCACACGAGUCUAUUGGGAAGAAGUUUCCCUGCCCUGAAAAAUUACUCUAGGGCGACCGCUGAUUCUCCCGUGUUUCCUGAAAGGAGUAAGGAGCCAAAGACUCUGUCAAUAUCAGAUAUGAAGAAGAUACUGAUGAGAAACAGGGCGUUUCUAAGUACAAUGGUGUGUUGUUUAUUUUAUUUUAUUAUUUAUUAUUAUUUAUUUUUAUACAUGACUUUGGCGCUAUCUACUUUGAUGGAAUUUUCAAAUGCCUCAUCCCUUGUGCACGUAUUGCAGAGGCCCCGUUGGUCUGCGCCCCCAGAUCAAGAAAUGCUCGAUGCCAGACGACAGAUGCUGAAUGCUCCCAUGGUAGAGGACGAUCAAGAGCUUCAUGCGCUUGCAUUUUGGAACCUUUCAGCGUUUAAGAGGUGAGCAAUCUCCACGCAUGCAGGACAAUUCAUCCCCAUCCCUUUGGUUCCAGUUUGCCCAUACUGCGUUGAUAUCAUCCUGCACUUUCUGCAUCUCGUGGGAGUACUUUCUUCCUGCACCUCAAUUUCAUCGGAGAGGAUGAUGAACUCUUCAGGAGGCACAUAAACCACAAGAACCACAAGAACCGAUUAAGAUUUUAUUUCUUCGUUUUUCUUUUCAUAGGAGCUAUGAAUUAAUGGAGAAGACCCUCCAGGUGUACAUAUACAAGGAAGGAGAGAAACCCAUAUUCCACGAUCCAAUGCUCGAGGGGAUCUACGCCUCUGAAGGCUGGUUCAUGAAAUUGAUGGAAGAAAGGUCAAAAUUUGUCGUGGAUGAUCCUCAAAAGGCGCACCUCUUUUACAUGCCAUUCAGUUCGUCCAUCCUCCGGUUCUCAUCAUAUGUGCCAGGACCCCACGGCAAAAGGCAUCUGCUUCAGUAUCUCAACAGCUACAUCCAGAAUAUCUCCGCAGAAUACUCUUUCUGGAACAGAACCGGCGGCUCGGACCAUUUCUUUGUGGCUUGCCAUGAUUGGGUAAUGUCUCCAAAAGGUUUUUUUUUUUUUUUUUUCAAGAUAAUUCACAAAAACAGUGAUUUUUUUAAACCCAUAUCUAUUUUCUUUCAUCUUCCAUCCCCCCGAACAGGUGCCGUAUUUGACCCGUCGCACAAUGAGCCGCUCCAUCAGGGUCCUCUGCAACUCGGACACCACGGAGGGCUUCCAACUGGGAAAGGACGUGUCCCUCCCGCAGGUCAACGUCCUAGACGCCCUCCGCCCUCCGGCGGCCCUCGCCGGCCGGCCCGCCGGAGCGCGGCGGUUCCUGGCCUUCUACGCCGGCAGGAUGCACGGCUACCUCCGGCCGACCCUGGUCCGGCACUGGCAGAACAGGGACCCCUCGAUGAAGAUCUUCGGCAGGAUGGUCUGCGGAGCGAGGUGCAGGAAGACCUACUCCCGCUACAUGCAGAGCAGCAAGUUCUGCAUCUGCCCCAGGGGCUUCCAGGUCUACAGCCCCCGCGUGGUGGAGGCCAUCCUCCAUGGCUGCGUGCCCGUCAUCAUCUCCGACCACUACGCGCCCCCCUUCUUCGAGGUCCUCAACUGGGGGGCCUUCUCCGUGGUGGUUCCGGAGGCGGACAUCCCCAGGCUCAAGGAGAUCCUCUCCUCCAUCCCCAGGGAGAGGUACCUCGCCCUGCAACUCGCCGUCCACAAGGUCCGGCGGCACUUCCUGUGGCGCCGCAAGCCCGUCAAGUACGACCUGUUCCACAUGAUCCUCCACUCAGUGUGGUUCAACCGCCUGAACCAGAUGAGCUCGGCUUAG